AUGGGAAGAACUAACAAUGAAAAUUGUGAUGAUACAGUGGUUUCACCAGAAAGAAGUGAAGGAAGAGAAGGCGAUGGCCUGCGUCGCUCCUUCCGGCAGAGGAAAGCUGUUGAGCGCUACGAAUCUCCCUUGGAAAAUCUAAGAAAACGUAAUCUAAGCUCGUCCAACUAUGCUUCACCUGUCAAAGAGAGAGAUUCAAGCAAAAAACCUAAAAGGUCUCCUUCGGCCAACGCUCAGAAAGAUGACAUAAAGGGAACUCCAAAUGAUCACACAAAAACUGAAGCUACUCGGAAAGGCUACUUAAAUGAAGUUCACAACGAUCACAUGAAAAUUGGAGCAAGCCUGGCUGGUGUGGAGCAAAUGCAAAUAGAUGGUUCAGCACAAUUUCAAGGUGUGGGCGGUCUCUCUGACCACAUUUCAGCUUUAAAAGAGAUGGUCAUUUUGCCAUUGCUUUAUCCUGAUGUCUUUGAGAUAUUGAAAUUUAAACCUCCAAGAGGCUGUUUAUUCUAUGGUCCACCAGGGACUGGAAAGACGCUGGUUGCUCGUGCACUUGCUAAUGAAUGUAGCAGAGGUGACAGGAAAGUAACCUUUUUUAUGAGAAGUGCUGCUGACUGCAUGAGUAAAUGGGUAGGAGAAUCUGAACGACAGCUGCGUUUAGUGUUUGAGCAGGCCUACCAGAUGCGACCUUCAAUUAUUUUCUUUGAUGAGAUUGAUGCUCUUGCUCCUGUACGGUCCAGCAAACAAGAUCAGGUUCACAGCUCUGUUGUGGGAACACUUCUGACACUUAUGGAUGGCUUAGCCAGCAGAGGAGAGGUUGUGGUAAUAGGAGCCACCAACAGACUGGAUUCCAUAGAUCCUGCUUUACGAAGACCUGGGCGCUUUGAACGAGAAUUCCGCUUCAACUUGCCAAACAAAGAGGCAAGAUUAGAAAUUUUCAAAAUUCACACACGAGACUGGACCCUGAAGCCAUCAGACAACUUACUUGAAGACCUGGCUGAGAAAUCUGUUGGAUUCUGUGGUGCUGAUAUUAAAGCCUUAUGUGUUGAAGCUGGGCUCUGUGCUUUGCGCCGCCGCUAUCCGCAGAUACAUGAAAGUGACAAAAGACUAAAGAUAGAUGCCAGAUCGAUUAAAGUGACAGCAAAGGAUUUUGCCAUGGCCAUGCAAAAGAUUGUUCCAGCAUCACAGAGAGCUGGGGCUUCACCUGGGAGAGCACUACCAUCUAUUUCAAAGCCGCUGCUAGAAAACACCCUGGAAAGAAUUUUACAAGCCUUGCAGAGACCGUUUCCCCAUGCAAAGCUUGCACUGAAGACCCAAGGGAAUGAUGGGAUUGACAGUGAUGAUGACAACUCACCAUCAGUCUCUGAAAAGAAGCCUGACAGCAAAAAGGCAGAAUUCCGCACUUUGAGCGGAAAUCCUUCUUACCAGCCAACAUCUUUCAGGCCACGGUUCCUACUAGUUGAAGAGCCAGGAUGUGGGCAGGCUUUUGAUUUGGCGCCUGCCAUAUUACAUGCCCUGGAAAAAUUUCCAGCUUAUACACUAGAUCUACCCACCUUGUUUGUUAGCACCGCAUCACAGGAAGAAACUUGUUCACAGUUGAUACGAGAAGCUCAGAGAACAGCACCAAGUAUAAUUUAUAUCCCACAAAUCUCUUUGUGGUGGGAGGCUGUUGGACCUACGCUGAAAGCUGGUUUUACAGGAUUGCUGAAUAACAUUCCAUACUUUGCUCCAGUUUUGCUCCUUGCAACAUCUGAUGUGCCACAUGAAGAUCUCCCUGAAGAGAUAAAAACAUUGUUUAAUACUAAUCGUGAAGAAGUUUUCAAUAUCCCACGGCCUACCUGUGCUGAAAGGAGAGGGUUUUAUGAGAACUUGAUUAUGAAGCAAGCUGCUGAAGCCCCUGCAUCAAAAAACAAUGCAGAUUCUCAGGCACACUCUUCUGUGAGAUGUUCUCAGGUGGAUGGGCAACCACAAGUAUUGGACAAGAAAGCAAUCAAAAUUAAAAAACGAGGAGUGUUUGUGGAUUACUCUGAGCUCAGAAAAGUGCUGGAUGCUGUCGUCGCAGCAACUGAGAAUGUCAGUAUAUCGAGCAUGGCAAAACUAUAUUCUGUUCUUAGCAUGUGCAUUUACCAACAGCGGGAAAAUCCAGACAAAACCAAAUUAGUGGAGAUUCUUGAUGCUUUUGAUGAAGAAGUUAUCAGGGUUCUCAGGCUUCACAUUGACUCCUAA